GCGAAACUUUCUGUAUUCACAUUUGAUUGAUAGCGGAAGUGGUCAUAACCUAAACAGGAAGUGGACACUUUCUUACUGUAGAAUUGUACCGACAAUGAGUAAUACUGCUUCACAAAAAUGGAUAGAUUUUGACUUUUAGACCGGAUGGUCAACGCAUUGCAAAAUGAAAAAGUUAUUUAGUUCAAAUCAACAAAGUCCUCACAUUGGGAAGACUUUUCAAAUCGGCCGCUUUUCUGUUGUUGUUGAUGAAGUAAUUGCAGAAGGAGGUUUUGCUGUCGUUUUCCUUGUUAAAAAUGCAAAUGGUGGACGUUUGGCCCUCAAACGAAUGUACGUCAACAAUGAUCGUGAUUUGGCAGUCUGUCAGAAAGAAAUCAAGAUAAUGAAAGAUCUUAGCGGUCACAAAAAUAUCAUACGCUACAUUGAGUCAAGCAUUACAGUCACUCAGAACCGAGUGUAUGAAGUGCUCAUCCUUAUGCAAUAUUGUCGAGGAUCUGUGAUACAAGCAAUGAAUGACAGAAUUGAAUCUGGCUUUUCUGAGCCAGAAAUCCUCAAAAUUUUCUGUGAUGUAUGUGAAGCUGUCUCUCGGCUACACCAUUGUCAAACUCCUAUUAUACACAGGGAUUUGAAGAUUGAGAAUAUUUUAUGUGGUGAAGGAGGCAAUUAUGUUUUGUGUGACUUUGGAAGUGCAACUGGCAGGGUGAUGGAUCCAUCACAGCAGAAGAUAACAACCAUAGAGGAGGAAAUCCAGAAAUACACCACACUGUCAUAUCGAUCGCCAGAGAUGGUUGACUUGUACGGAGGUAUUCCAAUCAGCACAAAGGCAGAUAUAUGGGCUUUGGGCUGUUUGCUGUACAAGUUGUGUUUCUUCACACUUCCUUUUGGGGAAAGCUCACUUGCCAUACAGAGUAGCAACUACACUGUUCCUGACAGCCACCGCUAUUCCAGUUCACUCUUGUCCCUCAUUGCCUUUAUGCUUGAAAAGGAUCCUGUAAAGAGACCUGACAUAUUUCAAGUGUCAAGUGUUGCCUUCCAGAUUACUGGACGACCGAAUCCAGUGCCAAAUAUGAAUUCCACCCGUGUGCCUGAUCUCAAAAGUUUGCCAAGUCCUAUCACAGAAACAGAAGCAAAGCAAAUCAAGUCAACCUCUCAGAAAUCUGACAUUAGUUCCGGUACACCCAACAUGGAGGGGACUACAGUGGCGCCCAGGCAAAGGCCGCGGGGUCAAGCCGCUGCUACCACAGCCACUCUGGGACUUCCUAUACAGACCUCCAUAGCUCCUAGACGCCGCCCCACCGCCAGCAAUCCAAACACACCAGUCGAUGUCGGUCCUCAGCCCAUCCCGUCCCCCCAGUACCCAGGGCAGGUGGGCGUGGCCGUGUCCCCGAUGUACCCGAGCCCACAGCAAACAUCUCCACUGGCCAGCGUCCCUCAGGCUAAUGUCCCAGCCCCUCAGUCUGCCCAGUCUUUCUAUGCCCAUCAGCAGCAGCAGUUCAUGCCGCCACAACAUCCUGUAGGAAUGUACCAGAUGUAUCCGAAUGCUGUUCAACAACAGCAGAUACAGCAACAACAGCUGCAGCUGCAACAGCAACAACUACAGCAGCAACAGCACCAGUUACAGCAACAACAACAUUUACAGCAGCAACAGCAAUUACAGCAGCAGCAGAAGCUGUCAAAUACAUUCACUGCUCCCCACGGAGACAAAGGAGCCUCUGGAGAGAGGCUGGCCAACAAUGCUGUGAAGACGGGCCAGCUGAUUCAGAUUGAAGAUGAUAUUAAUGCUGGGAACAAGGCAAAAUUUGACAGUGUCUCGCAUUCUCACAGUGAUCAUUCUUUCAAGCGACCGAAACCACCAUAUUCGAAACAGCUAAGCUCUUCAGAACAGACCCCGUCCUCCUCAGUGCUACUCAAUCCUCCGGCAGAUAGCAAGGUGAACCGACACAGACGGAAUGUCAGUGACACUUCUUUCCUGACAAUGGGUGGAAAAGGCAGUGCUUUCAGGGCUUACCACGGGGCACAGCUGACAGCUCCAGCUGAUGUGAAAUCAAAGUCAGCAACCACAACUCCAAUAAGCUCUCCACCACCUUUGGGCUCUCAAAGAUUUGCAAGGCCUGUCUCAGCUGAUCUGGCAGAGUGGAAUCCAUUUGGAGAUGACAAUUUUGGCGCUGAAACAGAUGAUAUGAUGUUUGGAGAAGAGUUUGAUAAAAUCAGACGAGGCUCUAACACAAGUAUUUCUAACGUGAAAAGCCGUGAAGAUCUGGUCAUGUCUGGGUCUGACUCCUCUGAUCCUUUCUGCAAUGCUCCAUUUAAGAAGACAGAUAAAAAUAAAGAAGAUUCCUCUGAUGAUGAGUCUGUGAAAGACAAAAAGCAAGCAAGAAAAGCUGUUUCUAAGUCCAAGCAGAAAGCCUCCAGAGCAGAUCAGUCAAGUACGUCAGAGAAUCAGGUUCCCUCAGAGGCUCGGAGUGGCAGAGAUUUUCUGGGCGCUGGUCAGCUGCGAGCAGCUCUAGCAAGGGCCAAGUACUCUCAGCUCAUUGACUCGGACGAUACGGAAGACCCUGACAGUACAAGGAGCCGACAUGUAUCAAUGAAGGACCCGCAUUUAAUCCAUGAUAGAGUUCCACACCUAGGGGUCGCCCCUGAACCAGUUCAUAAACCGCCGUUGAGGAAUAGGAAAGAGUCAAGCUCCUCUUAUGCAGAAGAGGAUCACCCUUCCACCAAGGCGGCUGAAAAGGAUGAUUUUGGCUAUCAGGAGUUGGAUGAUGAGUUUGGAUCCCGGCCAGUGGAGGCUGUUGGAUCUUUCUCUGCUAAAACUAACAAUGCCUCAGAGGCCGUUUCCUCUUCCUCCUCCUCUCAGUUUCUUCCCACCUCCGACAGAAUUGUAGGUCAUGAGUAUGGAGUGCGACCAUUGCUUGACGACGAUGAGCUUCAGGAUGAGUUUGUCAUGCAAGCUCAAGUGUGGUCCAAGCCAGUCAGUGAGAGUUUGAAUGACAGUCAGCAAGUAGUCAACGGGACCUCAGGUCAUGUUCUGCAGUCAGCUGUACAGCACAAAGCACCCGUAGAACAAGGAAGUGGUCACAUGUUUUCAGCUUCUGAGGCUGCUGAAGGAGACAUUCUCAACCCCUCCGCCAUGACAACUUCUUCCUCCUCACUUAUUUCUCCUGAGCUGGACGACGGUUUGGAUGUUUUUUCUGCUGCGCCCUUCAAGGUCAAAUUGUCGAAAAGGUCAACACCAGCCUCAGGGACAUCCUCUGUGAUACAGCAGCCCUCCACCGAUGUCUUUGAUGGGGCCCCUUUCAAGCCCAAGUGGUCAAGAAGCAACAGCUCUUCAGCUGUCACCAGUCCGAGCAGUUGCCAGGCAGCUCCAGGAUCAAGCACCACGCAAGCCCCCGGCCAGCAGCAACAGGAUGUGUUUGGGAGUGCUCCAUUCAGCACUUCUCUUUCUCCUACGUCAGGCCCAUCCUCCAGCACGGUAUCACCCUCUAUGGAGGAUAUCAUGUACAUUGCCACGCCGGAUGAAGCCCUACCAGGCACUGCCAUUGUUUCUCAGUUUGGCUCGUGCACUGUUGAUCCAUCUAGCGUGCAAGUUUCUUCUAGUGCUACUGGUGUGGCAGGAAGCCAUGCUCACUCCAUGGCAGGUGGACCUGCCAUGUAUGGAGAAGAUAAAAUGGAUGCCAGUGGAGAUUCAGGUUUCAGAAAUAUUCCUGAGGAUCCCUUUGGUGCUGUUCCAUUGAAUAAGGCCAUGAAGCGUUCCAUAAGAAAAAAUCAGUCACUUCAGAAAAGCACUGUAGGACCCAGUCCUAUGAAGGCUUUCCCUCCCAGCAAUAUUCCACAAGCAAUAGUUACCCAAAGCAUUGCGGCUCUGGCUCACAAUUCGAACACAAGGCAGUCUGAGACAGACAAUCAGCAGAUGGCAUUUUCAAAUCAGUCAGAGUACUUCCGAACUAGCCCGCUUCGUGACAAUCUCCCUGGGGUUGAUUAUGUUGCUGGUUGCCCUCAGGCCAGGGGCGCAGCUACCGACAAUGUGGCUCUUCAGCGGAAAGCCCUUGCUUCCCCGCAAGUUACCAUGCCUUUUGCAAGGUACAAUGUUGCACAGAAUUCAAGUGUUGUCAACCAACGGGUAGCACAGGAUCUUGUCCAUCAGAAACAGUUGCCUGCCACGUCCUAUCAGCCAGUAGCUCAGAUGGUACAGGGAAAUGUCCUGUUACAGUCACCUCCGCACCAAAAAGCAGGGCAGGCGCCUCCUCUUCAGAAGGCUGUUACCCCUCAAGGUCUUCAGAUGAACUCGCAGUACGUUGCUGAUUCUCGGAAUGAGUCAAGCUCACUGUUCUAUCAGGGCCUUCAGAACAGUCAGAGCAUUCCCAGCGUCCACCCAGCCCCUCCUCAUCACAGCAAUAUAGCCAGUGGUCAGCCGGUGGUCAGGUCUGCCCAGCGUCCUGGUGACCUGCCAGUGACCAGUGCCCGCUCGGCCCCAACAAAGCCUCCUGCGUGGUCUGGGGUGGAUCAGGAUGAGGCGGACUGGGACCAAGCACACUACGAGGACGAGAGUAAGUACCAAAGGUUAAAGAUCAGGUCGGCUCCUAAGAGGGCUAGCCGUGAUGUCAGCACUGCCGCUUUCGCAAACAUGAGCUUUAACGAUGAGGAGGAGCUCGACUCUCCUUCUCAGGACAGUUCCAGCUCAGCUAAAGGAUCAGCCUCGCCAGCUUCAAACCUGCAGUCAUCCAGCACUUGGGGAGAGCCCUCUCCUGGAGGUGUGCGUGAGGUUGGACGGCCAGUGGUGUCAGCUUUGCCUGCAGGCUAUGAUUCAGGCACCUGGCCACGCAAACACAAACGCAGUACACCAAAGGCAGAACCUUUCACUGUGAGCAAGAGGCUGUAAGACUGGUCUUCUCUACUUCCUCAUAAGUAUUUAGUGCAUGCUCUACUUGGUUUUGGUACAGCUAACUCUGCUUUGAAAUCUGAAGCUGAUUCAUUAUCUUUUCAACGUUGUGGGUUGAUAAUGUAGUGACCGUGAAUUGAUUUUUUUAUUAAUCCUACGUUUUAAUCUAUUGUUAUGAAGACUUGUGCUUCUUCUACUCAUAUAUGAAUAAUAGAGAUUGAUUCUUGGCUAAUUAUGUCAUGAGGAUGCCAAACUUAACAGAUUGUAAGUACAACCCUUGUGGGUUUUUAAAAAUCUGUUUCUCUAUUAUUCUUUUCAGUUCAUUUUCCUAUGCUGUAGCCUGUUUGUAUCGCUACCUGCUGUUCUGGUCAUUUUACUCGUUAAGUUUUUAUCUCAGCAGAUUAAUUGAUGAAUAUCCAAGUCCUCCAAGCAAAUUUCAGAAGAAGGAAGAAGUAUUUUUUAAUGCAGAUUCUGCAGCUGAGUUUGCUUGCAAAUCUGGUGAAGGUGGCUCUGAGAGUUGUUGUAAAUAGAGAGGAGUAUCUGGAUAGAAUGAAGUGGUGAAGGUGUCAUUUAAAUACAACAUUUUUUCAACUUAGCUGGGGAACUUUUUUAAAAACUCCUGCCCACCAGCCCAUAGCUGCGAAGAAAUACUUCUAGUUCUAGCAACUGUGUCCAGGUACACUGACGGUUUGUUAAAACAGAAAGAGCCUUGUGUAGAUUUUUUUAAAACUAUAGCUGGUAGCAUAACUGUUUUUGGUUCUUAUUGAAGAUUUUCCUCUUUGAACUCGUUUCAAUGCAAAGUUUACUGAGUCACUUCAUGCUUGUUGAUCAAAGAAAGAUGAAAGGUGAACGUCUUGAGUGCCAUAGAUUUCUCAAGCCAACACAAAAGAUCUUUAUCAGACUGUUGAAUCAAAGAUACCAAAGAGGUAUAGAGAGGAUGAUAAUUACAUUAGAAAUUGAUGUGAGCAGCUUAAUAUCUGCAUAUUUGUGAUUAUGGAGAUUUGUGCAUCGCACAAUGAUUCGGAACCUGAGAUCUGUUGAAGCAAGACCUCUGAUGGGAGAAUGGCAAUAAAAGUUUUUUGGGUUUUUUUUAAUUCUUCUAGGGUUGUUCUAUAUUUGGUUGUAUAGAUAACCAUGCUCCUUGUCUUUUUUUCCUCAAGUAGAGGGGAAGAGAAAAGGAAGAGAAGAAGAGAACGCUUUUCUCCAAGGGUCAUUGUAACAUUUCUAAGAUGUGUCCUUGUUUUUGUUGUUAUAAAGUUGUUGAAACUAUUGAUCUGUUUCUUUCCAUUCCUAUGUUUGUUUCAUACAUUGUUUUAUGUAUUAUCUCUAGAAUGAGGAGAUAGUCGAAAGUUUACUUGUAUGAAAAACAUGUAGAAGAUUCAGGUUUGUUUUCUUUGAUGUUUUUUUUUUAAUGACUUUUGUCUUUGUCUUUGUCACUGAAAUCAUAAAGGCUAGGCAAAUAUGCAUUCCCUUACUUAAUAAAUUCUUAUUUAUUAUUCAAAA